AUGGCCGAGGAACCCUCCUUCUGCUGCACCUGCACAACCCUCCUCUCGGAUGUCCCGCGCCUGUCGGCGGCGUCAGAGAAGCCCCUGCCAGACAACCGCCGCCUUGAAGACUGCUGCGGGCGAGUGAUUUGCGGCGAAUGUAUAAUAUUAUCCCGUCGGGGCUUGUGUUGCAACACGUUACAGAAAAACCCCCGUUUCGGCGGUUACUGUCCCUUUUGCCAGACCGCACCGUCGUCGUCGCCGUCGCCGUCGUCAUCCUCAGCCCACCACGUAUCCGUAUUACCUUUCCCAUUAUUAUCAACCAGCGGUGCGUCCCCUUCAUCUUCCUCCUCUUCUCCUUCAUCAUCCUCACCAACGCCCUCCUCUCCGGCGGCGGCGGUGAGGGAAGACACGCUGCACUUCCUCGACCACGAGCAUGACACAGUCCUAUCGCUAUCGCUGCGGUACGGGGUGUCUGCGGCGGCGCUGCGGCGGGCCAACAACCUCGGCAGCGAUUUCCUGCUGCAGGGCCGGCGGGCGGUGCUGAUCCCGGGCGGCGGCGCGAGCCUGUCGCCGCGGCCCGUCGAGGGCGAGGAGGAGGAGGCCCGCAAGGCCAAGAUCCGCCGCUGGAUGGUGGCGACCAAGGUGGCGGACUACGACGUCGCCGUGCUGUACCUUGAGCAGGCGGGCUACGAUUUCCACGACGCCACCGAGGCAUAUUUCGCCGACGAGGCCUGGGAGCGGGACCACCCUCUCGUUAAUGCUGCCAACGCCAACGGUCUGCGUUUGCCGUGGGCGAGGAGCCGUCGAGACGCGGCUCGGAGGGCUGUGAAUGGCGAGGGGCCCUCCUCGAAAAGAGUCACCUAG